AUGCGAGCCGCCCACAGGCACGCAUGCCGGCCCCCGCAGCACGUCCGCGCGCCGCCCGCAGUGGUCCGCGAGCGCGCCCGCGGACGCGUGCAUGCGCCCCGCAAAGGGGACGCGAGCCGCCCCGCACUGGGUCCGGCGAGCAGCGCGAAGGUGGCAGUGCGAGCCGCCCCGCAGGGGGCACGGCGUGCCGACUGCGUGGGUCCGCGAGCGAGCCCGCAGGCGCUCGCUCAAAUCGGCAAGCAUCGUUCUCGCCCGGCUUCGCCCUCUCAGUUGGGGCAGCAAUCAGAUGAGCGAGUUCAGGGGUCUCCUCUAGGUCCUUCGGCUCGGACAGAUAAGGGUAAAGCACCCGCGGUCGCUCCUUCUCAGGUAGAGCUGGCGGAUUCUGGGGUUGGUGCAGGCGCGCAGCCAGUAACCGUUGGGGUACAGGACAGGCGCAGCUCUCGGGGGGCUGGCCUCCAGUGCAGGCAUGGGCUCAGUGACUCAGAGCCGCCAGUAGUGGCCACAGGCGCUAAGGAUGGGUCUCUCGUUGGCUAG